ACCACCUUCUUUCUUCAUCCUCGUCAUCCUCUUUCUGCGUCUCAGAAUCUCCAUCAACCUUCGUCGUCGUCGUCGUCUCGCCAUGCCGAGCAGAUUCCCGGGAGCCAUCACGCAGGACUGGGACACCGUCGUCCUCCACAAGUCGAAGCCCAAGUCGCAGGACCUCCGGGACCCCAAGGCCGUCAACAAGGCCCUCCGCUCCGGCGCCCCCAUCCAGACCGUCAAGAAGUUCGACGCCGCCUCCAACAAGAAGGCCUCGUCCUCGGCGCUCCCGGUCGUGAGCGCCCGGAAGCUGGACGAGGCCGCGGAGCCGGCGGCGCUCGAGAGGGUGCCCGGCGAGGUGCGGCAGGCCAUCCAGAGGGCGCGGCUGGAGAAGAAGAUGAGCCAGGCCGAGCUGGCGAAGCAGAUCAACGAGCCCCCCAAGGUGGUGCAGGAGUACGAGAACGGCAAGGCGGUGCCCAACCGGGCCGUGCUCGCCAAGAUGGAGCGGGUCCUCGGCGUCAAGCUCAGGGGCAAGAUCGGAAAGUGAUCGCCGCUGCGGGUUGGUGGAAGAAUCAUCGACGGCGUCCGAGGACGCGGCGGGUUCAUGAUCUCGAAGUCGUCAUACUUUCAGUCAUCGUUAGAAAUGUAAAUGGAUCUUGAUCUUUUGUAAUUCCCUUUCUUCUUCUUUUUCCGUGUUCUACUGUUCGGGUGGUCACGUAAUUACGACGGCUCCGAGCCCAUUUAUAUAUGGACCUACUUUCAAAAAUGUCUAGGUCGCCCUUUGUUUGUUUUUUUUUUUUUUCGGUAAAGAGUAAUAAAGUUGUCAAUUUGUUGAGGAGUUGA